CUUUACGAAUAAUUACAACAACGCUUUUAUCAUGAAUUCUGUAUUACGUACUGACAAACACAUCAUCGACCGUCACCAGAGCACAAAUCAUCAUAUAAAGAAGAGACGUAAUUAAAAAGAUGACGACGUUAAAAUUUUAUAACAAACGUGCCGUUAUUAUACGAUGUAAGAUUUGAGAAGGAGAGAGAGAGGGAGAGAGAGAGAGAGAGAAAGAAAGAAAAUGGCAACAGCACAAGGCACACCGGAGUCAGAUACUGGGAGUUUUGAAUGCUUUCAAAACUAUACAGCACCAGAGGUAUUUAUACAAGGUUUGGCUGGUAUCGUUGAUCAACAAGAUGUAGAAUCUAUGAUAAGAGCUCAAAAACAAAUGUUGCAGAGAUUUGAAAAGACUAACGAGAUGUUGACCAAUUGCAAUCAAUUAUCGAUAAAUAGGUUGAAAACUGCUGGAACUGAAUUUAAGAAGCAUACAGCCCUAUUGGUGGAAAUGAAGAAAGAUCUAGAUUAUAUUUUCAAAAGGAUUCGUAUCGUAAAGAAUAAGUUGAGUCAGCAAUAUCCUCAAGCAUUUAACGAAGCUGUAAGAAGCAGUUUGGCAGAAGAAGUAAUCGUCGAAGACGUCGAUUGCCCUGUAAAACCGCUCGAACCUGAAAUUAUUCCGUUACCGAGCACCUCUCAUACCGUUAUGGAUCGAGAUCCAGAUUCUGAUGUGCCGGUUGAGGAGUUUCAAUUUGCAAAGCUGCGGAAACGACGAAUAAAGAGCAACGAUAGUUCGUCAACGGAGAGCAACAACGAUCACAGUAACGCUGAUACUUCGUCCUGCACGUCCGAUACUGGUUAAAGCGUUCGUUCCAGAGUUAUCGAAUCGGAAGACUAUGCAAGGAAGAAUUGUCGAAAAAAAGACAAAAGAGAGAAUAAAAAAGAAAAGAAUACGAAAAAAUGAUAAUAAAAAG